AUGUUUCUAGGGCCUGUAUUGGCACGUCAAUGCAAGUUGAACGAUGUCGGACGCUCGAAUACGGAUGGAUGGGCCUCCGGUGGAUUGGAUGCCGCUCGCACUGUCUCAGAAUUGCUGCUACUAUACUCCAAGGGACGCGUUCUCGGCCACAAACGCGCUAAGCGCAACACCCGCCCCAACACCUCCUUGAUCCAGAUCGAGGGCGUCGCCACCAAAGAGGACGCGCAGUUCUACCUGGGCAAGCGUGUAGCAUACGUUUACCGGGCAAAACGGGAGAUUCAGGGCUCAAAAGUUCGGGUAAUCUGGGGCCGCGUAACGCGCCCUCACGGAAACUCUGGCGUCGUAAAAUCCAAGUUCAGGUCGAAUCUGCCUCCGCACGUAUUUGGUGCCAGUGUCCGGGUGAUGCUUUAUCCCUCUACAAUUUGA